CUGGUCUCACGCUGCAUUUGUACUGAAGGCAACACAGGAUACAGGCUGCCCGACUCGUAUCGUAUCUUAAACUGGAGGCAGAGUGAGGAAACAGCAUGUCAGGGAAGGAAGCGCUGAAGCUGCUGGGAAAGCACAUUUUGCUCCGACUUUUCAGAGCUUGCUUCUGAGUCACUCUGUAGCAGGUCUGAGGCAGAAUAUAGACAUUUUCUAACAACUGGUCAACAUAUGUGUAAGAAAAAAAACAAAAACAAAGAGUCAGGGAUUAGAAACCCAACCUUUGUUUGUUGAACACCCUGGAGAUCUGCAGAGAGAAGGUGUAGAUCAGGAGGAAAUUCUUGAAAUUUCUCUUCGGCUGAGCUUCUCAAACGGACACACAGCAGAGACGAUGAGUCUGUCACGGAACGGGACGCUGGAAAAGACAAUGUCUGAAGCCCGGCCCGCCUCCAGAGCGGGGUCGGCGCUCGUGGUGCCGCCCCCUUACUCCCUGGGUGGUGGCGAGGCCCCGGGUGGCCCCCUGGAGCUGAGGGGGUCUCUGGACUGUUGGGCCUGCUCUGUGCUGGUGACCGUGCAGAACCUCAUCAUCGCGCUCAUCAACGGCGGACUGGCCAGCAUCAUUUUCGGCGUCAUCCUGACCCCCGCUCUGGUCAUGAUCACAUUCGGAUUCCUCUGCCACUCCACAGUGCAGCCCCAUGGAACGUCCUUGUACUGCUCAGACCUGCUGGACGACACCAGCUGCGUGGCUCUCCUGGUGGUGGGCUUCCUGUUGCUGACCCCUCUGCUGGUGUUGGCGCUCGCCGCCUACUGCCGCCUGGCUCGGCACCUCCAGCUUGGCAUGUGCUUCAUUCCCUACAGCCGCGCCGUCUACAAGAACCUGCCCACCUCACGCCAACAAGCAGGAGGCUGCUGUGGCCAAAAGGAAGGAAAGGAAAGGGAUAGAAAAGGCAGCGUUUGGGUUUAGGAGUAGAAGAUGGAUGGGCAGUGUAGUUGUGAGCAAAAGCCUAAUUAAAUACCCCCCAAAUAUCUCAUCUUUUUUUGCUUUUGUAUUGUAUUUUUAUUGUCAUUGUUGCGUUAGUAUACUGUUUAUGGAAAGUGUUUUAUACCUGUUUUACAAUAAAAUGAGCAUUUAUCUGCAGAGCUUAGAGUUUGUACAGAAGUGUGAGCAGAUUGAAUGAGAAUGCUUAGUGGGGUCAGGAGGAUUGCUGGUGCCUACCUCUAGCUAACGUUGCGGGCAAGAGGCAGGGUUCACCCUGGACAGGUCGCCUGUCUGUCGCAGGGCAAGACAGAGACAGACAGGACAAACAACCAUGCACACACACACGCAAUUUAGAGAGACCAAUUAACCUGAAAGUCAUGUUUUGGGACUGUGGGAUGAAGCCGGAGCACACGGAGAAAACAUGCAAACUCCAUGCAGAAAGACCCCGGGCCGGGAAUCGAACCCAGGACCUUCUUGUGCAAGGCAGCAGCUCUACCAACUGCUCCACUGCUCCUCGUGAAUUUCAACCAUUUUGGUGAAGUUAGUGCUGGGCAAUAAAACGAUUUCAUCAAUUAAUUUAAUUUUUGAUUCAUGAAGAUUCAACUUUAGGAAGGUAUGGAUUUCUUUAUACAGCUGUUGGGUCUCCAUAGCCACUCAAAGUGGCGUCAUCAAGCCCAAGAUAUAUCAUCUUUUUUGACAAGCACAUUUUACAGCUUCUAUUUAUUUUUACUUUGAAUUCUGGUCAACUUUAUGACUGGACAUUAUGGAAAGGCUACAAUUUUGAAAAUAUUUUCUGUCAUUUAUAAUUUCUUCUUUAGAAGUAGGGGGGGAUCAAUUAAAAAAUGGACUGAAC